GCCAAACGAGCUACAUCGUCGAGAAAGUGAAGUGAGAAGUAGAGAGGAAAGCGGAGAAAGGUGUCCGCGCGUCGCCCACAUGGUCUCUCGCCAAAAUUGGUCUGGAUCGGGCCAGCGUUAAUUGAGCGCUGCGUUCGCUAGAUUGCGGCUACCUUGUUAGGAGGGACCGCUCACCGGCGCACUUGUCGCGCGCGCAUCGAAAAUAUAAAUCUACCGUCGUCGAGCCCACGCGAGUAGUAGUGUACGUCUGCGGUAAAUUAGAGAGAGAGAGAGAGAGAGAGAGAGAGAGAGAGCGGGGUGGGGGACUAGACAGCGGCCCUCGUAUAGACAGCGCGAGCUGUCUCACUCCUUUUUCCGCUUGCCUUCCCAGCUUAAUCAUUUUCAGCCCCUCACCCCCGAGGCCUGACUAUUAAUCGCCGAAAUUGAUCCGGCAAUGUUACACGCUUUCGUUUAUCCUCUUACCCGCAUAGCGAGCUAGCGAGGCUGGGAAACAUUUCCGGCUGAUUGGGGCAGAGUUUUCUCCCCGCAAAAAUACCUCCCGGCUCUUGACCGUGCACGGCGAUUCUUUCUCUCCAUCUCUCUUUUUAAUUUCAGUGUAAGCUGAUCUCCCGCCGCUCUCGUCCCGGUCGACUCUCCGCAUUUAAUCUCAGCGCAAUGACGACAACAGAUAAAUUAAACCGAAGCGUUCGAGGGGCUGAGCUCGCGCCGAUAAAAAAUCGCCGCGAUAGCGGUGAUCAGAGCUAUUUUCGUUCGGCAAACUGGUCCGGUCUUCUAGCAUUAUUAUUCCGAUGGAUAAGGCAAUAAAGCGCUCCGCGCGGGCGUGCAGACUUUUAUUUAUGGGCCUCUUAUUUGCUUCGUUCGCGUAUCCUCUCGAAUCGCGGGAAAAUUCGCAAUUGAAAAUUCUCCAAUCGUAAAUCCAGCUUCCGAACAAUCGGAACGAGCGGUUAUUUAUACGCGGCAGCUCGAUUUUUUGCGCGCGGCAAGGGAGCGCAUGCUCAAAGAACGAGCGAGCUCGGCUGACCGAGUUUCUCGCGCGGAAAGUUCCAUCAGAAAUUUUCGUCCAAGUCCGACGCCACAAUUCACCCUGUAUCGCGCGCUCGCUCGCGGUAUAUCGGCGCGUACGGCAAACAGUCGAAUACACAACUGGACCGCCAGAUACGGCUAUGCAGUCGAAACUCGGAGUACGUCAUAGAUUUCUAUUAUCGUUGCGAGAUUCCUGCAUUGACGGCUCGGGGGUAAACAGCAUUACUCACCGAGCAAACAAAGCGUGGGACGGCCCACACGCACGCACGGGAUGCACUGCGGCGAAAGUGGGCAAACAAAUUGAAAAGUGUGCGGCUCCGCGCGUGUAUGUACAGUGUAUACUCGCCCGCUCCCGAGGGACCCUGCUGCUGCUUUUUCAGAGAGCCUCCAGACUCGAUACACCUAUACAGCGGCCCCCUACUCACGAGCACGCGCAGCUACGUAGAAGAAAGCGGAGAAGAAAAUAGGAUGGAUAAGAUGCCUCCGUUCGAGGCCUCGCGCGGGAGUGUCUCACUUUAGUGCGCUUCAGUCAUAACUUGAGGAUCGUUCUCGUAGGCACCGUUUGCCUCGGCGUUUCAGUGCCAGUUAAAGCUGCUGCGAGAGCCCGUUUAUCAUUGCAUGCGCGCGAUUGUGCACCGCUUGUAAAAGCCGCGUUCGAUUCCGGUCAGCUUAAACUCUUCGACCGUUACUUUUCACUGCGCGCUCUUCACUUCGGAAAACGGCCAGUGUAAACGCCCUGCUGCUGGAUGUGCACCUCUAUACACAGCUGCGCCUCCGGACGAAAGCGUAAACAUUCAGAGAGUUUUCGCGCGGUGCACGCCGCGAGUCGUCGAAAAAUAUGUCUCGAUGCAGGAGAAUAACCCUGGUUGCACUGGCGGCGCUGGCUACGUGCUCCAUCGUGUGCGAGGCUCAAACUGCGAAUUUCGAGGGGACGAAAAUUGUGGAUUUGAAUCAGUUUGUUGGAGAUUGGUACAUCGUCGCGUCGACGCCCGCUAGCGGCACCAGCGUCAACAAAUGCGGGCACUUUGUGGUGAAAAAAUUGUCGGAGAACACGUUCGCUAUGAAGUACACGGCGGUGAGUCACAAGCGCAACAGCCCCGUUGUUUUCAACGCCAAUGGCACAGUUGGCGAUGACGUCACCGAGACCUGGCAGCUAGAGGGAUCGACAAAGUUCAUAGGUCCGAUCAAACAGAUUAUCAUCGAAGGCAAUUACGACUCGUAUUUGGCGACGGUAUUGAGCGGCGAGAAAACGGCGAAUUUCGCAAAUCACAGGAUCGCGAUGAUUUGGUCGCGAGAUAAACGUCUGUCCUCGUUCGUCGUCGACAAACUUAAGAGAAAGCUCAGUCAGUACGCGAACAAGAAAGAUAUUUUUACGAUCGACCAAAGCAGCUGCUAAUUGUACCGAAUGACUUAACACAAUUUGUAGCUACUCGAGACUCGAGUCUUGUCAUGUAUGCGCGUGCGCUUGCGAUAGCAAUUCACUGAUCUAAUCAAAAUUUCACACUCAUUAUCGAUCGUAUAACAUCGGCAUUUCGCCCGGUAUCGUAUGUUCUUCGUAGAGUCGAUAAGCGUCUGAACGACGUCAUCGCGAACGAAAGUGUAUCGAGCCGGGCGUAAAGCACGUUGUAUCUUGAAAGUGAAAAUAAAUUAUAAUACACACUGAAAAAUUCAAUUAAUAGGAGCCCGACAGCGCACUCGUUUAUUCGGCCACUGACUCAAUAAGCGCAUAAUCCUACGAGCCCAUGAAACAUCGCUUACGGAAUAUUGAAAAAAUAAUAAGGUCCCUCACUGCGAAAAUGAUAAUAAGCCGCAUGACUCGGUGCGGCCGGAGUCACCCUCGCCUCGCUCGCUGCGCGGCUGCAGAGUCGAGGGGGUGACAAGCAUUUGAGAGAGCGGGGAGCCGGAAAAGUUAGUCGUUCAUGAAAUAUUCGCUCGACUCGCGAACGGCACUCCGGCGAAAUAUCAGCACCUGUGCUCCGCAGCUUCGAGGCCAGUUCGCAAUUGAUCGAUUCUUAUAGCGAGCCGCCGAGUGUAUAUCCGAGUGGUAUAAAGUAAUCUCGGAGGGAGCGCCAACGUACGUGCCCGGAAUUUCCUUGAGGAAAGCCCGCUCGUCUCGUCUCGUCACGAACUUUCUUCGCGUUUACGCAGCCCCUGUACGCCGCGGCUUUUCAAAUUUCUAAAGAUUCCCGCGAUAUUUGCCGUACGCGAGGGAGGAUGUGCACUAUAGCCGACACGUGUCUACCUCAUUGUUUGAGAAAAAAACAUCUCCUGCGGAGAAAUGAAAAGGUUCCCAAUUUUCGAAAUUCACGCGCCUCUACACCGAGGAAUUAUCGAGCCUAACGUACACACGGCCCGCAGUUGUUUAAUUUAACGCAAUUACGCUGGCCGCGUUGUAAACUGACCGGCUGCAACGCGCACCGCUUCGUAUCAGUGGAAAACAAAAGGCUGUCGGCGCUAUCGCGCUGAAAAAUACACCUCUGCGCUUUCGGCGCGUCGCAUUAUUAACUUCCACACGACAAACGGCCGCAAGCUCGCAAAAUUGUUUAAUUCGCGAGUGCCGUGCCGAACAAAUCGCAAGCAUUACUGGCCGAGGGAUUGGUUCGGAAACCCGACUCCAGGUGUGGCUCCGACCGCAGCGUAACAUACACUGAGAAAAAAAAACGUUGAGUUUACCCAAGAUUUAAGUAAAUUUAACCUGAGCGCUUAAGUAACAGGCUGUCAAGUUAAUUUAACUGAAGUCGCUCGCGUAGUUUCUACUGAAUGAACAGUUCAGUAGAAUCUACUUAAAUCUUUCGUUGAAUCAACCAAAAAUGUUAUAGUCGCGACUUCCAA